AUGGGAUUGUACGAUGCCAAGUUUCGUUUGCGUAAGUGGUGCUCGAACUCACCAGAAUUUCUUUCUACCAUCGAUUCAAUUGAUCGGGAGACGUCAGCAGAAACAAUUAUCGACGACAAUCAGACAGUAAAAACGUUAGGUUUGUUAUGGGAUACGACUUGUGACUCCAUUAAAUUUAGCAUCACCUUAAGCGCAUUACAAGCGCAAGUUACAAAACGCACAGUAUUAUCAGAUAUUUCAAAGGUGUUCGAUACACUAGGAUGGUUGUCACCAGUCGUUGUGUCAAUGGAACUUUUAAUGCAGCAGCUGUGGCUUAAAGGAAUUGAUUGGGAUGCAGCUUUGCCUAGUGAUAUGGUUACACACUGGUACGAGUUGAGAAGGGGUAUCAAUGACAUUCGCGAUAUCCGAAUCCCUAGAUGGGUAAAAUACAAAAGAGGUGAAAUGUUGGAGCUUCAUGGGUUCGCAGAUGCGUCUGAGAUAGCUUAUGCUGCAGCAGUUUACUUAAAGGUCCACCACAUAGAUGGUUUGGUGUCAACAAAUCUAAUAGCAUCGAAAAGUCGUUUAGCACCUAUUAAACAAAUAAGAUUACCACGACUUGAGCUGUGUGCCGCUCAGCUCAUGACGAAACUGAUUGUAAAUGUUAAAGAAGCCCUUGAGGUUGAUCAAGUACCAAUAUUUGGUCACUCAGAUUCAACUAUUGUGUUGUCCUGGCUAAGUGAUUAUCCACGACGAUGGAAAACAUUUAUUGCUAAUAGAACUUCAUAUAUCCUAGAUAUUAUACCACGACAAAAUUGGCGUCAUAUUUCCUCACAUCAGAACCCCGCGGAUUUAGCAACUAGAGGUAUUACUGCUUAUAAUUUGAUUAAUAGUAAUAUUUGGUGGCACGGACCCAAUAUUUUGUGUACCAAUCAGAAUUGGGAGCAGGUUGUGCUUGAACCGCCAAACGAAAUGCAGUUGGAAGAAAUACCUAUGAUGUUAUGUCAUACUGCUGCAAAACACGUAGUCGAUCAAUGCAAUACUUACUUGGAUUAA